CCAGUCAUGGCUGACAUUCGGCUUACUCCCCGUGCUUACUGUAAAUUAGUGUUACAUGCUGCUAAAUAUCCCCAUUGUGCUGUCAAUGGAUUGCUAUUAGCAGAAACCUCAAAGUUAAAAGACUCUAAAAAAAACAAAGGUUUGACAAUAACAGACGUCGUACCCUUAUUUCACAUAUGCCUUCACUUAUCACCUAUGGCAGAAGUUGCAUUGACACAGGUUGAUACUGUUGGUGCAUCUAAGGGUUUUACAAUUGCAGGUUAUUAUACUGCUAAUGAAACUUUGGAUGACAUGAGCAUUGAAAAACCAGCCACAAAAAUAGCUGAUAAAAUUGCUGAAUCCUUUAAUCAAGCCUGUUUAGUUGUGGUUGAUAACAGAAGAUUAACUCUGAUAAUGGAAGAACCGGCUAUUAAGGUCAUGCAGAUGGUCGACGGGAAGUGGAAACCAGUAGAUACUUCCAAUGUUACUUUGGAAGAAAAUUGUUUGGAAGCCGUAUCAACGCUUCUUCAAAAGAGAGCAUUUAAUGACCUGGUAGAUUUUGAUAAUCAUUUAGAUGAUUUAUCAAAGGACUGGCGGAAUCCAGAAUUAAAUGAUAGGAUAGAGAAAGCUACACUUAGUGAAUAGUGUUAUAAGAACUAUAUUCUUAAUUACAUUACCAGUUUAAACAAUUUUGAUUUCAAGUGCCCAUUUUGAGAACUUGUGGGAUGAAAUUCUGCAUUUCGCCUCUCCCAUCCCGAAUCAACGAAACCAUUCCGUAUAGCCCUUAGCCAAGGGCUUAGCUUCGGCAUCAGCCGAUCGUCGAGUCUGUGAUCUAUAGCAUGUAGCCUGAAAGGUAUUCUAACAAGGUUGACAGCGUUCUGUGAGAAUUAGGUUUUAUGAAGCCUCUCAAAAAUCACUCUAUUUUAAAAUAAUACAAUUAUGGAAACGUUUAUGUGGAUAAUUUGCUUCCAUUAUUUGUUUGCAAAUAUUUGUUAUCUUUUAUCAUAUUUGUACUUCAUGCAGACUAUUUAAUUAAUGCAUUUAUCGGGUUAAAUCAUCUUUUGUUAAUGG